UUUUAACAGGAUUGCACGACUCAACAAUUAUAUCAUCUCCGUAAAUUAUACACGCACCAUCCUAGUAUCCCACAGCUCAUCAUCUUUACCUUUCUCGGUUGACCUUUGGAGUGUCUGGUUUUAUGCUUCAAAAGGGAUUUUUCCGAGGGAGAGAAACUUCCACCGCUUGAACGUUCUUCGUCUUCUUCCUUACCUUCUUCCAGUUCCAACACAAUCCCAUAUUCGGAAGAUGAUUCUGAGGAGAGCUAACUAGUUCGACUUCUCACGAGCAACAUCGUUAACGGUCUGCUCCUAACCAAUCCCUUCAUCUUCUACAUCUCUCCUAACUUCAAUGGGUGAGACAAUAUAAAUCAACAGCUAAGUAGCAGACAGUUGCUGUCCCAUCCAUCUGAUAAAUUAUAUUAUUAUACAACAAUGACUGAAUCCACAAUGAGCAAGAAGAAACUAGAAGGCAAAGUGGCCAUAGUCACUGGUGGUGCUAGUGGCAUUGGGGAGGCGACCGCACAUCAUUUUGCCAAGCAUGGUGCACUUAUGGUGGUGAUUGCUGAUAUCCAAGAAGAACUAGGCCAGCAGGUUGCCAAAUCCAUUGGUUUGAACCAUUGUACAUACAUACGCUGUGAUGUUACUAAUGAAGAGCAGGUCAAAGCCAUGGUAGAAUGGACGCUCAAAAACUAUGGACAGCUUGACAUCAUGUUUAGCAAUGCAGGGAUUUAUAGUAGGUCAGAUCAGACUGUACUUGACCUCGACUUGUUGGCCCUUGACCACCUUUUUGCGAUCAAUGUGCGUGGCAUGGCCGCAUGUGUAAAGCAUGCAGCGCGUGCCAUGGUUGAAAAGAGUGUGAGGGGGAGCAUUGUGUGCACCGCAAGUGUAUCAGCAAGUCGGGGUUCAACCAAACACACUGACUACUAUAUGUCCAAGCAUGCAGUGCUUGGGCUUGUUCGAUCCGCAAGCAGGCAACUAGGGAAGCAUGGGAUUAGGGUCAACUGUGUAUCACCCUCUGCAGUCGCGACUCCUUUGGUAUGCAGUGCACUUGGAAUGGAUGUAGAACAGUUGGAGAAGGCUUUUGAGCCACGUGCAAGCUUAAAUGGACUUGUGCUAAAAGUUGGACAUGUGGCUGAUGCUGUGCUCUUUCUUGCAUCAGAUGAUUCUGGUUUUGUUAAUGGGCAUGACCUGCUGGUUGAUGGAGGCUGGAUUGACUAAUGAAAUCAAGAUAAGCAUUAAGGAGGCAACCUACAUGACUCCAAGCCAGUAAAACUAGUGUUUGUGGUUGGAAAGUGAUGGAAAGCAAAGCCUUUGGUUAUAUUGGUGUGAACUAAAAAAGGUACAAAUAUGUGUGUUUCUAAAAACUUCUAAAAGCCUUCAAUUUUCACCUUGGUUUUCUUCAAUAAAAUGAUCUACUCUGGUUCGAGCAAAUAAAGCUACCUUGUGAUGACUGAUGAGUUGCUGCAUAUGAGGAAAUGUAUCAGGCAAUGAGAAAUUUGCAGAUAAAAUUUUUCUUUCCACUUUAA